UCAUUGCACUUGCAUGAUGUCAAUCUGAUGCACAGCACCCUCCCCCGAGAUACCAAAUAAGCCGCUGUAGUGAGUGAAGCUCGCACUAGCCCGGACGGCUCUAGCUUCGCUCUGUGUGUUACGCGCGAGCCCGGAGAGAGAUGACAAGAGCUUCGCGAGGCUGGACAUUCAAACAUGGAGCUUUUUAAAACGCAACUUUCGGUGCUUUGGAUAUUAUUGCUGAAUGGAAACAAGGGCUGUCACGCUGAAGAAGUGGUCCUGCUGAACUCUAAAGAAACUCAGGCAGAGCUCGGUUGGACGUCGUACCCCUCCAAUGGCUGGGAGGAGAUCAGUGGCGUGGAUGAGAAGUACAAGCCCAUCAGGACCUACCAGGUGUGUAACGUGAUGGAGCCAGCGCUGCAGAACAACUGGCUGCAGACGGGCUGGGUGGCGCGGCGCGGCGGCCAGCGCAUCUUCGUGGAGCUGCAGUUUACGCUACGCGACUGCAACAGCAUCCCGGGCGUGGCGGGCACCUGCAAGGAGACCUUCAACCUGCUCUACGUGGAGUCGGACAAAGACCUGGGCCGGGUGACCCGCGAGGAGCGCUACACCAAGAUUGACACCAUCGCCGCCGACGAGAGCUUCACGCAGGGCGACCUGGGCGAGAGGAAGAUGAAGCUCAACACGGAGGUGCGGGAGAUCGGACACCUGAACCGGAAAGGGUUCCACUUGGCGUUCCAGGACGUGGGGGCGUGCGUGGCCUUGGUGGCGGUGCGGGUGUACUACAAGCGCUGCCUGGCCACGGUGCAGAACCUGGCUGUGUUUUCUGAUACGGUUGCGGAGGCAGCGUUCGCCACACUCGUGGAAGUCAGGGGAGCCUGCGUCAACAACUCUGAGGUGGACACGGACAGCCCUCCCAGGAUGCACUGCAGCGCCGAGGGGGAGUGGCUGGUGCCCAUUGGGAAGUGCAGCUGUUCAGCGGGUUACGAGGAGGGUCACAGCAGCUGUGAAGCGUGUCCCCCUGGCUCGUAUAAGAUGUCAUCCAGGCAGCAGGAGUGUUUUCUGUGCCCAGCCAACAGUGUGGCUGAGGAGGAAGGAUCGGUGGUGUGUGUGUGUGAGGAGGAUCACUUCAGGACCCCCCUGGACAACCCCUCGGCCCCCUGCACCCGCCCCCCCUCUCCUCCCAAAGACUUGGUCUACACCCUCAAGCAGUCCACCCUGAUCCUGGAGUGGAGCGCACCAACGGACACGGGCGGCAGGGGGGACCUGACCUACAGCGUGGGCUGCCGCCGGUGCGUGGGGCUGCAGUGUGAGCCGUGCGGGGCCAGCGUGGGCUUCAUGCCCCAGCAGAGCGGGUUGACCGAACGCACGGUCACCGUGGUCAACCUCAUGGCCAACUCCAACUACACGUUGACGGUCGAGGCUCUCAAUGGCGUAUCAGAGCUCCUGCCCAACAAGAGGUUCUACACACAGGUCAAUGUGUCAACUAGCGUGCCAGCGCCCUCUCUGGUGAGUGAGUUGCGUGCGGAGAAGAUUGAGCAGCGCAGCCUCACCCUGAUGUGGAGGGAGCCUAGCUACCCCAACAGCAGCAGCACCGAGUACGAGAUCAAGUACUACGAAAAGGAACAGAAGGACAAGAGCUACUCAACGGUCAAGACGGCCGCCACCCGCAUCAGCGUCAACAACCUCAAGCCUGGCACCACCUACGUCUUCCUCAUCCGCCCUUUCUCCACCCCGGCCCCCUCCUCCCUCCUAUCCGCCGCCGCCUCCUCCUCUUCCUCCUCCCCCUCUCCCAUCGACUACGGAGGCUACAGCGCUCCCCUGGAGCUGCAGACACUUGGCGAACUGGCGCUGGCGUCCAGUGAGCAGAACCCAGUAAUCAUCAUCGUGGUGGUGUCUGUGGCCGCCCUCAUCAUGCUGCUCUCUAUGGGAGUGGGCCUGCUCCUCUGGAGAAGACAGUGUAGAUACAGCAAGGCCAGUCAAGAGGGAGACGAAGAACUCUACUUCCAAUUUAAGAUCCCGACCCGGAGGACCUACAUAGACCCAGAGACAUGUGAGGACCUGGUGCAGGCUGUCCUCGCCUUUGCCAAAGAGCUAGACAACUCCAGCAUCAAAAUAGAGAGAAUCGUGCACACAGGUGACUUUGGGGAGGUGUGUCGUGGCUGUCUCAAGCUGCCCAGUAAGCGGGAGCUUCCGGUGGCCAUCAAGGCGCUGAGGGCCGGCUGCUCAGAGAAACAGAGGCGCUCCUUCCUCAGCGAGGCAGGGAUACUGGGACAGUUUGACCACUCCAACAUUGUCCGUCUGGAGGGGGUCAUCACCAGCGGUAACACCAUGAUGAUUGUGUUGGAGAGCAUGUCCAACGGGUCCCUGGACUCCUUCCUCAGGAAGCAUGAGGGCCAGCUCUCUGUGCUCCAGUUGAUGGACAUGCUGGGGGGCGUGGCCUCUGGGAUGAAGUACCUGACAGAGAUGGGCUUCGUCCACCGCCGCCUGGCCGCCCACAAGGUACUGGUCAACGCCAGCCUGGGCUGCAAGGUGUCUGGCUUCAGACCCCUCCAAGAGGACAAGAUGGAGGCCAUCUACAGCGCAAUGCAUGGGGGGAAGAGUGUGGUGUUGUGGACAGCCCCAGAGGCCAUCCAGUACCACCGCUACAGCUCAGCGUCUGAUGUCUGGAGCUUUGGCAUCGUCAUGUGGGAGGUCAUGUCCUACGGAGAGAGACCCUACUGGGACAUGGGCAACCAGGACGUGAUCAAAGCGAUAGAGGAUGGCUUCCGCCUGCCCGCCCCUAUGAACUGUCCACCCCACCUCCACCAGCUGAUGUUGGACUGUUGGCAGAAGGAGAGGACAGAGAGACCCACCUUCAGCCAGAUCCACUCUGCUCUCAGCAAGAGCAUCCGCAGCCCUGACGGCAUCGGCUCCUCCACACUGGCACGCAGAACCCUCCCUCAGCUAGGAACCCUCCCUCUGGGCUCCUCCAUCUCCCUGGCAGAGCGGACUCUUCCGUCGUUCCCCUCGUUUAACUCGGUCGGAGAGUGGUUGGAUGCGGUGGACAUGGGGCGCUACAAGGACAACUUCACCGCGGCAGGAUACUGCUACCUGGAGUCUGUGGCCCGUAUGACAGUCCAAGACGUGUUGAGUCUAGGCAUCACCUCUCUGGAGCACCAGAAACAGAUCCUGUCUGCCAUCCAGACCCUUAGAGCCCAGGUCAUCCAGAUGCACGGCAGAGGGGUGCAGGUCUAACACACACACACAUAGACACAUACACACACGUGCAGACGGACGGACGAGCGGAUGGAUAGAAGGAUUUUCAGAGAGUAGAGACUCGUCGCUCAUCCAGAUGGACGAAAUGAAGUGGAUAGUGAGAUGGGCAGCAAUAUCACCCACACUGCACCCACACACUCGUUCCCCUUCUCUCUCCCCCAUCUUGCCCCUCCUCCCUCUCUUAAGUCCUUGGGAAGGAGGCAUCUUCCAGUCAUGUGAUCAACGUACUCUGUCGGAAGUCACAUGACUUCUGUCUGCACGCUAACCUGAAUCAACUAGAUCUCCUCUCUUACAACUGGCCCUGGAUCAGUAGUUAAAUAGACUUAAAACUACCCUGAUGGAGAAGUACUGUCCAUCUAAAAUGUCUGGCACUCUACCACUGGUCUCAGAACAUGGGGUAAUAACAUUUCCUUGAUGGAGAAGAACAGUCCCCUCAAGUGAUACUCUACUCUACUGAAGCACUGGUCUCAAAACUGAGGUUAAAACCACCCUGGUUGAGAAGUACUGUUCAUCUAACAGGGCUGGCCCACUACCACUGGUCUCAGAACAGUGGGAUAAGGUACCAAUGGAGAAAGUGCUGUCUGUCGAACAGGGUUGACAUUGUAAAUCUGGUCUCAGUUCAGUGGUUAAAACCCUCCUAUCCCGGUUGCUGAAGUGUGAUCAAGUGACAGGUUCCCACAGUGUGGGCGGAGCCCAGGCCGUGUCUUGUAUUGGCCCGACCAAUCAUGAGGCUGGAAAAAAAACGUACAUUCAGGAAAAAAAACGACUGAUUUAAAAACAACUAGGAAUUUGUGUAAAUCAAAACAAAGGAUUUACGUGUGUUUGAUUGUUCAUUCCUAUUUCGUCUGUUACACAAUUUACAAUCCAUUAACUGUCUCUGCUCUCCCUGUGUUUUCUCAGUGUAUGGAAUGGCUAAUGUCCCUUAGCCGGGAUGUCAGUGGUGUGUCAUGUAGCGUCUCGCUAAUAUAUUUCUCCCGUCUAAAAAGCAUUUUCACUACAAGGGUAUAUUGCACUGUUAAGAAUAAAGGUCAAGUCUCAAGCUGACAUACAGUAUAUAUAAUAUGUAUUCAUUUUUAUUUAUGCAUUUACAGUUUACAGACUCUCACACAACCUCCUGACGGGAAGAGGUUACGAGGGUCAAAAUAGACAUACUUGAUUGAAUAAAUGAAUAAAUAAUAAAUUACAUUUUGUGUUUAAGGAUGCUGCAAAGCACAUGUCCUCUGGUUUCAGUGUAAAUCAAGAAAUAUUUCAUUUUCUUUACAGUUCGAGGGAUUCUGUUACUGAAUAAUGGUGUCCUGUACUGAACAAGGUAUUAUGAAGAGGACUUACACUAUAGUAUGUUGACUGUUUUCUUCUCAUAGUCAGGGGUAUUGAAUCAUUUUGAUACUGUUAACAAAUCACCAGUAGUUGAUAUAGGACUUUUACAUUUUGAGUCCAGUAUCGCUGGAUGUAUGGUAUCAAUGUGUUGCAUUAUAGAAACAGUAUUGCAGUAUUUCAGAAUGUCGUAGAGUGAUCUCAUUUAUUUAUUUUAUAUAUUUUUGGGGGGGGGACAGCAAUUCAAGCUGACAUAGGGCCCACAACCCCCCACUGUGCAUCUACAAGCCCCUCCCAUUUGUCAGUAUUAUGUAUUUUACAAAAACGGUAACAUUUAAUCGUAGUUAACAUGUUUUGGGGAAUUAUUUGAUUUCUAUCAUACUCAUGUAGCUAGCUACACAGUAGACGUUUUAUUGGUUCCGUUUGGUUCGUAGAUGGGUUAUUGUAAUAGUGAGGUAUCUGGUAUGAAAGGACUACCAGUGUAUGUCCUCUCUUCCCUACAUACUCUAUCUCUUUGUGGCUGUUUUGCCUUAACAUUACUGUAUAUAAACCCAAAAUAUACUCCUAGGCUGCAUUUACAAAGGCACAAUUCUGAUAUUCUGCCCAAUUAUUGUAGAAAGAGCUAAUCUGAUUGGUCGAAAGACCAAGAAGUGGAGAAAGAUCAGAAUUGGGCUGCCUGUGUAAACGCAGCCCUACAGACUCACACACAUGCACAUAUUUAGAAAGUCUCACCACCCCUGUAUACGCAGACACCAAAACAGACCUUAAGCUUGCGACUUAACUCAGUUGUUGUCCCCCCCCACCCUCUGUUUACUACUCGACGAUUACAAAAUGUUUAAUACUGUAAAUAUGUAUUUGAAAAUGCAAUCUAUUUUUAUAAUUUCUUUGAAGAACAAUGUGUUGAAAAUAUCUGCUCACUGUGUAGGGGUUUUAUUGUUUAAAUGUAGGGCCGUUGCCAAUGAACGUGUGUGUUUGGAAUAUUAAAACAUAUUUUCUUUGUUUAGUUUUUGGAUGAUUUUUACCUGUUAGAAAAACAGAUGGCUGUUGCAAUAUUGAAAUGUGUUAUAAAAAAAGAAAAAUCUCCCUUAA